UUGUUGUUUUCCGAAGCGAAAUACUAAUAGAUAUUAGAUUCGAUUUUUUCAAAUACAUAACUUCUCUACAAAUAGAAAAUACAGUUUUAUAGCACUUUUAUUUUUGUGAUUAUUAAUUUUUAAGUUUACGUCGUUUACGACAAUUUUCGGUUAAACUUGUAUAAACUGUGUUUUUGGGUAUUGGCUGUAUACUUCAUUGCUUUACUCAAUGGCCAAUAUGUGUUCUAUGUUCUCUUUGAUACAACGACAUAAUAAUUAAUUAUUGAUUACACUAUGAGCACUAUACAGCUUUAAAAAUAAUUUAACUUAUUAUCUUUUCAUCAUCGUAGAUUAUUGUGAAAUGGCCGGUAAAACUCCGUCCGAAAAAAGACUACAUAAAGAAUUGAUAUCGCUCGUUAAAGAACCUCCUCCAGGAAUGGUUGUAGAUGCUGAACAAGCAGAACAAAAUCUGAAUGUCUGGACUAUAAAUAUGCAAGGUGCAGAAGGUACUAUAUAUGAUGGAGAACAAUUCCAAUUGCAGUUCAAAUUUGGUUCCAGUUAUCCUUUUGAGUCGCCUGAAGUUACAUUUGUCGGCCAAAACAUUCCAGUUCAUCCACAUGUGUAUAGUAAUGGACAUAUUUGUUUAUCUAUUCUUACUGAUGAUUGGUCACCAGCAUUGUCUGUUCAAUCUGUUUGUCUUUCAAUUAUAUCUAUGCUAAGCAGCUGCAAAGAAAAGAAAAGACCUCCAGACAAUAGUUUUUACAUAAAAACUUGCAACAAAAAUCCAAAAAAAACAAAAUGGUGGUAUCACGAUGACAAAGUUUGAAGUAUUGAACAUCCAUUAUUUUAUCUUUUCACUAUAAUAUAUUCUCAUUUAGUGAAAAUUGUGAUCUUAUUUUAUUGCAAUUAAAUGUACUCACUUUAACAAAAUUAUUAAUUAGACCCAGAUCCUGUUGAAUGUACAUUUGUUCACUAUAAAUAUAUAUGAUAACCUUUCAAUUAUUAUACACACUAAUAAAUAUGUAAUGUACCUACUAU